ACCGUGCUUUUAGCCCCUCCAGCUGUUUCCCCGCCGCGGCCGGCCGCCGUUUUGGGGUACUGUUUCCGGGUUAGGGUGACCCCUGGGGUGAGGGAACGGCGAUUGGGAGUGGGCCCUGGGCGCUGCCCUCACCAUGCCGCGCUCAAACGUGGGAUAUCGGCCCGUGCGACGCCGGCCCGGAAACCCCUGCGACCCCAUAUCCGCCCCCCGUAGGGAAAUUUGUCCGUCCUUGUGUCCUUCUUCUACGGACCUGGCUCCUUCCCAAGCAGAUUUUUUCCAAAAUCCAAAUCCCAGCCCAGCCGGCACCCUCUUCCAGCGAUUUAGAGCGAUUCACAAAACUGCAUGACAUCGGAUUGGUUAACUUGAAAACGCUCUUGUUUUUCUCAUCUGUACAGUGGGUAUGAUCUUGGUUUUCAUCAGCCAGUUUCAGAUUUUGAUUCCCACCAUGGCAAUCACACAGUUUCGGUUAUUUAAAGUUUGUACCUGCUUAGCAACAAUAUUCUCAUUCCUUAAGAGAUUAAUAUGCAGAUCUGGCAGAGGACGGAAAUUAAGUGGAGACCAAAUAACUUUGCCAACUACAGUUGAUUAUUCAUCAGUUCCAAAACAGACAGAUGUUGAAGAGUGGACUUCCUGGGAUGAAGAUGCACCCACAAGUGUAAAGAUCGAAGGAGGGAAUGGGAAUGUGGCAACACAACAAAAUGCUUUGGAACAACUAGAACCUGACUAUUUUAAGGACAUGACACCAACUAUAAGGAAAACUCAGAAAAUCAUUAUUAAGAAGAGAGAACCAUUAAAUUUUGGCAUUCCAGAUGGUAGCACAGGUUUCUCUAGUAGGUUAGCAGCUACACAGGAUAUGCCUUUCAUUCAUCAGUCGCCUGAAUUAGGUGACUUAGAUACCUGGCAGGAAAAUACCAAUGCGUGGGAAGAAGAAGAAGAUGCGGCCUGGCAAGCAGAAGAAGUUCUGAGGCAGCAGAAGCUAGCGGACAGAGAAAAGAGAGCUGCAGAACAACAAAGAAAGAAAAUGGAAAAGGAAGCACAGCGGCUAAUGAAGAAGGAACAAAACAAAAUUGGUGUGAAACUUUCAUAACAAAUGUUCUUCACAUACACUAGCUCCAGCAGGAGAAUUAUGAGCUCCACAACCCAAGCAACAUUUGUUUGAGUCUAAGAGUAUUUUCAGAAUAAAAACACAAUGCUUGAUUUUAGUGCAUUCAUCGGGCCAUUCAGGACACCAGGAUUCUGUCAAAAUACCUUGAACUUUUCUGACCGAGACUCAAAAGAACAGAAGAGACUUAUGAGACAAUAUUUUCUUCAAUGUGCUCCAAUAUAAGACAGUCGUUUGCUGUAGAGAAAUUAUUACGAAUAGAAUAUACCAGUACCUCUUCAAGCUAGAGUUUCUAGCAGAAUACAUGGGUGUAAAUAAUUUUAUGGUGGGAAAGAACCCUGCUGUCUAUAAUGCUUUCUUUCCUUCAAUGUGCAUAAUGAUAAAAUAAAUAAUUUUAAGUAUUCAUUUGUUUCCAUGAUUACCUGACCUGAAUCAGACAAAUUUGCAGGGCUUUAACUUCAUUUUUGUUGUCAGAAGCUGGUCUUGGCAUACAUUUCCUCUAACUUGAACUGUUAUUGUUCAUGUUCAAUGCAACAUUAAGGAAUUCAGUGAUUUUGAUUUUCAAGAAGAUGACAAUGCAAUAAUUUUAUUUAUCAUAAAGAUUAUGAACAUCAUUGUUUUGGAGGAUUUAUAAUGUUAUAAGUAUUUGUAAUUUAUAUUGCAUGUAUAAACAUUGAAAAUCAGAUAAAAUGGCAAAUUUAUUUUACGUUAUUAUAACUUGUGAGUUUUAAAAACUAGCAUCAGUAGUUUUUCCCUUUCAUUGUAGAUUCUAAGAUGUUACGGUCUCUUUAAGUAUCUUACUUCCUCCUCCCCCAAAAGCCAUUAAUUUACAAGUACAGAAAGCCUUCAGUUGUGAUAUUUCAAAGAUUUUAAAUUAUUUCUAUAUCAGUUUUAUAUAUCAGACAUAAAGUAGGUUAUCUGUGUUAGCUAAGAUAACAAUAUUGAUUAAAUUAUAAACCAAGAUAGGAAUGAUAUUUUUAUUUUUGAAUGUCAACUAGCUCCAAAAUGGUUUCAAGGAAGUAAAAUGCAUACUAUGUUCAUACGGAAAAAUGUAGAUUUAAUAGUUUAAAAUCUCAUUAUUUUUUUUCCACAAUUAAAAUACAUCCAGCCUGAUUUUCUAUGGCUUUAGAAUUUUUAAAGAUUUUAACUUUUCUUAAAAAUCACCCCAAAUUAACAUUUUGUGGGUUUUUCAAAUGUUAUAGCUACUCUACAGGCCAAAUAUCGCUAACCUAUUUGAAUUAAAGUGAUAUUUCACAAUAAAACGACAAACUAUACAAUGAGAGCGCCCUAAGUUUAGCUUAAGCUUCCAGAAUAAAUGUGAUUAUAGAAUCAGUUGAAAUUUAACUUUGGUAGAAAGGCUGUUUUUAUAGCCCCAAACCACAUUUUCAGCUAUCAUGUUCAUUAGAGUUUUUGCCAAUAAACUCCCAAUUAAAUAGAAUUAGACCCAAAAUUUUAAUAUGUAAAUGUACGUUCUCUUCCCUCAUUUGUAUUUAUUUUUAUUUAUGAGAAUACAUGAUUUUCUAAAUUUAGUCGUGAUUUUCAUAUGUGUGAGAUUUUGGUUUUUGUUUGCUUUUUGCUUUUUGUUUAUUUGGAAAUAAAGACUGGUUAGAAAUUA